GCCUUCGGCCACAGUUCCCUUUCGACCGUGGAAUAGAACGCAAUCCGGAGCCAAACCUCCCGUCCAAGUCCUGUGUGCUGGUCCAAAGUGGCAAGUUGGCGCUCUCUCCCGCUCUCAUCCGUUCGCUCCACCUCAAGUCCUGGGAUAUUACAAAAGUUCAACUUCGUGAGCAAAAGUUCGCGCCCGCAAGAAAGAGUCCUUCAACCUGCAAAAACGGUGGAGAAGGUCCUGCUCGUGAGCAGUUUGUGCACGGCCAGUAGUGAGCUGUUGUCCGUGGUGAGUGUUUGUUCGAAGAAGGAAAAGCUCCAGGAUUUUCUUUGGAUUUUUUCCCAUAGGGGAAAUUCAACGCUGAGCGUCCAAGUGUGUCAAAUUGAGUGAUAUUUUCGGUGGUUAAAUUGUGUGAAAUUUAACAGCUUGAAGUUUCGGGCAAGUCUUUCGCAGCGAAACGAAAUUUGGUGGGAAAAUUUUCCACACAAAAGAGUGAAAUCGAACCGCACGCGGAAAAUUCCCGGGAAAACCGUAGCGCGGCUUGGUGUCACGGUAUCAAGUGACGAUAAGCGCCAAGAAGAGGUGUUUAGCAAGCAAUUUCCUGCUCCAGUGUUCAAGUUUCGUCUGCUGACUGACUGACUGCCUUGUGAGCCGACAAAGGCAUUCCUGGAGUUUGGUGAACUUUCGCGAGCCGCGAGCACAGCACAGCAGGUUGCACAUCAAUUUUUCAACAGUUCAUAAACAGAUUCGGACCCCGUCGCACGAACAAAAUGAAGGCGACCGCGCUGUGGGCGGCCAUCGGAGCGGUUCUGGUGUUCAGCGGUACCGCGAACGCGUGGGGUGGCCUGUUUAACCGAUUCUCGCCGGAAAUGCUGGCCAACAUGGGCUACGGUAGCCACGGGGGAGCGUACCGGCCGCAGGCCUUUCUGCAGAACGAAAUCCUAGACGAGGACCAGCAGAACCAGCGCGUGGAGGAGGAUGUCUGCUAUGGAAAGCCCUGCUACUCCAACGAGAACUGCUGCCCAGGGCUUGUCUGCGUAAACGUCGACGGAGUUCCGCCUCUUUCAGUCAUUGGCCACUGCGUGUUCCCGCUGGGCCGCAAGUACGGCGAACUGUGCCGCCGGGACUCGGACUGCGAAUCGGGCCUCGUCUGCGACAUCUCGACCCUGAGCGGGGCCAGCGUGUGCCGGCCGCCGAUGGUGCUGGCCAAGCAGUACGCCGAGGAUUGCAUGACGUCCAGCGAUUGUGACAUCUCACGAGGACUUUGCUGCCAGGUGCAGAGAAGACAUCGACAAGUGGCCCGCAAGGUUUGCUCGUACUUCAAGGACCCUCUGCUCUGCAUUGGAACUGUUGCUGCUGAUCAGGUCAAACACGAAAUCGAGCACACCGCCGGCGAGAAACGAAUCAUCUACAACAAGCACUAAGCAGCAGCUGCGCCUAAUCUAGCGGAAGUUUAAGCCCAAAAACCGACUAACCAAAAACAAGAUGGCGGAUGGAUUCCGCUACAAGGAAAAAUCAAACGGCCCCCCAAAAACCAGAACAGAACAAAACCAAACAAAUGACAUUUAAUCAAAAGUAGUGUACAGCGUUGCAGCUGCUGCAGGCCGCAACUGGUUCGGUUUUCCAUAGUUGAACAGACAUUUUAAACCUUUAUUUUCCGCGUUUUAUCCGAGUUACCAAGUUGAAUAGUUAGGGAGAGGCUUCUACCAGGCAGGGAUGUGAAGAAAAAUAUGUGAAGUGCGCACCAAUAAGUUGGCAGAGAGUGACCCGUUAAACUAUAUACAUAUUAUACAUAUUGAUGAUGAGAAGCAAGAGUCUUUAAACAAAAAUCACACCUUUAAAAAAAACCCUAGCAGAGUUGGUUGUUUUUGCCUGACUUGGACAGCAAACGGCAAAGCAAAAAUCCAAACCAUGUAUUUACUGUGUACUGACAAACUUUAAGAAAGUUUUCACUCGUUGUGGUACCCCGUAGUUUAGAGAGAUUAUAUGAUAAAAGGAGGUUAAAAAAAACAAAGACAAAAGCAGACGACAUCCACACAGAGACACUAUGAAAAUGAAAACUAAUACAUAUCAAUCAAUGUCCUUAUUGUCCUUGCAGAUAACAAUUAAAUUGAAGCAUUUUUUUCCUUUUUAUCAAGACAAGCAACAAGUGUAAGUGUUAAGCAUAGCGUGUAACAAAAACAAAAGAGUAAACUUUUCCGACAAACCCCUCCAUUUAAGCGAGAAGGAUUAAAAACACUUAAGGAAUGAAAAGAUUUACGAACUAUUCAAAGGCUUCCUCAUCAAUAAUCUUGUCGUUCCCGUUCCCCUUUCAACAACAAAAAACACUUUAAAAUUCAAGACAAAAUUCUAUACAAUACACCAGAGAGAAAGAAAUAUUUCGACGUCGGCGGUUGUUCAGCGAAAAUUACUCAAAUUGCGAUAAAAUGUCUUAAAAUUUUCUCUUAAAGUCACGAAAAGAGGCGAUAUCCUAACUCAAUUCGACACUGAUCGAAUUUGUUCGCAAUCACAGCUUCCCCCACCCCUGAAAAUGAUGAUAACGCCUAAAUGUAGGCAACGUUCGGCGGUUUGCCGGCCCCCUGGGGGGGUCUCUUCGCAGUAAAACUCAUUUUAACUGUGGUCAGCACACCAACACGCCAGACAUCAAGGCUGAUCGAUGACGUGGCGGAAUUUAUUGGACGCAAACCAGCGUUGUUUACACACUUUGUUCCAUUAUUGCGCAUCAGUUUGCCGCGAUGCAGGCGAAACGCUCGUACUAAAUAUACUUCGGACUUUUGCUAAUAAUUGUUUUUCGCUAACAAACAACCGCCGCCACGUGUGCGAUACCAUCUAGAACUACAAACUAUGUUUACGCAGAUCCUUUCAACGUCCACUUGGGAGAAAAAUGUGUGAAGAUAGUGGACGGGACAGCAAAUUGAAGAGUCACAGAUAUUAUACUGAUAUAAUCGGUUCUUAUGCAAAGAAACAUAUCGUUAUAUUAAAAAUUAAUGAGAUAAUAGGUUUAAACAAGCUAGCAACUAAGCCUAGGACAUAACAAAACACACUUAACAACAAUAUAUCAUAUUGGCUGAGGCAUUUACUUAUCGUAUGUUAAGUAUAUACUAAUAUAUAUAAUCUAAAAAAUACAACUGAACAAGAGUAUCUCUAAAGGCAACAAAUGAAAAUCAAACAUUGGAGCAAGAGAGAAAGAGCAACAUGCCCUGAAGAAGUUAUGGUUAAAUUAUCCAAUAGUACACAAGGAAAGUAAAAACAAAAGGAAAAGCAACACGAUGCAUAUCACAACUUUCACUUCCUUCAUUUUCAACCAUUUAUAAGAGUUCAACAUUCUCGACUGAAGGCAAAGUGUUUUCAAGUUUAAAACACACACAAAAUAGACAUAUCGUAAACAACAAAACGUUACAAUCAAAGUGAAGAGAGAAUAACAAAUAUUUCCAUUCGAUGAAAUCAAAAUUACACAAGAGCAAAGCACACAAAGAAAAAAAAUCAGUCCGAUCAGGCUGAAAACGAAUACCAAAACAUCAAAGCAAAGAAAAAAACAAACGAACUUGUCGCACACACCCUAUCACAAAUCGUCCAACGUGCUAGAAAGUCGAAAAACUGUUCCAAAACCAAAACAGCGAGUCCUUUGAACUUUCUAGGACCUUGGCCGAACGUGUGGCGACAAACCAAAAGCAUCGACUAACAACAUACUGCAACGCUAACGCUAACGCUAGAAAAAAAAAACACUUGCUUCUUUGGCCUAAGUUAUGGGUUACACACACUCACAACGUGUAAUCGGGAUAUGGUGCCACAGAGAUCUAACACUAAACAAGACGCGCAAAACAAUGACAAACACACACACACUCUUACAAGAAAAAACAACUUUUUGAACGCAACCAAAUAAACUCGCACACUUACAUACUGAGACGCACGAUUUUUUCUUACAAAAUAAAAAAAACUUCACGAGUAUUUACAACAAAAAAUCCCACAGACAAACAAAAAAAACUUUCGCAUAAGUGUUUUUGAAAAUUUGUGUAACUCUUCUUAUAAGACUAACGAGCAACAUUGCACCAACACACUCACACACCAAGACAACACAUUCUCUCUACGAUGUACAGAUCAAACAGCUACUGAACAACAUUCUUUCACACAUACACGCCCACUCACUCAACUCAAACAGCAGUUAUCAGGAGAAAAACCAAGGAAAAUCAGAAAGUAUAUGUGUAUAUCUCUCAAAACUCAAA